UAGCUAUCUAAAUAGUGGUCAAUUAAAAUAUGGCUGAUAGCGAUUCUGAUCGGUACUCUUAUUCGCCAUAUCCGGAGUCAAACGAUCUUGAUGGCGUAAAUAUUUGCGACGAAAAUAAUUUCACGUCGGGACCGCGAGUUGUUACAAUCUAUAAAACCGAAACUGGGUUUGGGUUUAAUGUCCGGGGCCAAGUGAGUGAAGGCGGCCCUUUAAAAAGUAUCAAUGGUGAAUUGUACGCCCCACUGCAACAUGUUAGUGCUGUUUUGAAAGAAGGAGCUGCAGAAAAAGCUGGUAUACGAAAAGGCGAUCGUAUUUUAGAAGUGAAUGGCAUCAAUGUUGAAGGAGCUACCCAUAAACAAGUAGUUGAUUUAAUUAAGUCUGGUGGUGACAAGCUAACACUAACUAUAAUAUCAGUAACAGCUCAGGAAGCUGAAAGAUUAGAACCUAGUGAUGAUUCAUCAGGUUAUUCAUAUAUUGAUUAUAGUGAAAAGCGUUCCCUUCCUAUUUCGAUUCCAGAUUACAAUUGGAUUGAAAAAGGAGGAGAAAAAUUUGUGGUAUUCAACAUUUACAUGGCUGGCAGGCAUUUGUGCUCCAGGAGGUACAGAGAAUUCUCUAACUUACAUGUAAGCCUAAAGAAAGAAUUUCCAGAUUUUAGUUUUCCAAAACUGCCCGGUAAAUGGCCAUUUACCUUGUCUGAUCAGCAGCUUGAUGCACGUCGACGUGGACUUGAGCAAUACUUAGAGAAGGUUUGUGCUGUUCGAGUUAUAGCAGAAAAUGACAUCAUGCAAGAAUUCCUGACAGAUAUGGAUGAUGAAACUGGUGGAAAUUCACCAGCCGUGGACCUUAAAAUUUUACUGCCUGAUCAUUCAACAGUAACUGUUACUGUUCGCAAAAAUAGUAACACAGAAGAAGUUUAUCAGGCUGUAAUUGAGAAAAUAGACAUGUCUAAAGAAGUCUCAAAAUAUUUUGCCCUUUUUGAAAUCGUUGAAUAUGGCUUUGAGAGAAAAUUACAGUUAAAUGAGUAUCCUCAUAAUUUAUACAUCCAAAAUUACAGCACCGCAACAUCCACAUGUUUAUUGAUACGAAAAUGGCUGUUUACACUGAAUAAGGAAAUUGAACUUUCCGAAGACAAUAUGGCAGCAACAUUUUUCUUUUGGCAGGCUAUUGAUGAUGUUAACAAAGGCCAAGUUAAAGCUGGGAACAAGUUAUAUGAGUUGAAAGCUUUACAAGACUCUUCACGUAAAUUAGAAUAUUUGAAAUUGGUAAGGCAGCUUGAUGGCUACGGAGAAAUCUCUUUUCCUCAUUGUGCUUGCGAUGCAAGGAAAGAUGGUCAUGUUGUUGCUACAGUUGGCUUAACAAAUUUUAAAUUACAAGCAUGCAAAGAUGAUGGAACUUUAGAGUCCCAAAUAAUUGAUUUCAAUUGGGACACUGUGAAAGAAUGGGAAUUGGAGGAUGAAGGUAUGUCCUUUAGUUUUCGAUAUGCACCUCCUGACAAAAAAGCUCGAAAUGUCAAGAUAUAUACUCCAUAUUAUGUUUUUCUCUAUGACUGUUUUGUGAGGAUACAAGAAGAACGAAAAUGGAAUGAACAAAAUGGUGACUAAUUCUUAUAGUUGGAGUUCUAUUUUUCAAAUUAUUUCAAGUAAAGUCACUGUUCAUUGUCAUCAUUUUUUCAUCUGACUGGUGACCAACAAGACCUAUUAUAUAAUUCCAAGUGUUCUGAAUCAGAAUUGGAUCUAUGUACAUUUCAUAAAGAUUUCCCACUAUGUAUAACCUGUAUAUGUUUGCAUUAUGAAUUCAACUUUAUUGUUUCAGGUGAAAAGCGUUAAUGAUUUUAAUAGAGUGUUAGCUAUCAUGUGGUGUAUUUGAAUUAUUGUGAAAUGAAGAACGUCAUAUUUUCUGUAACUAACUUUUUAAAAAUAUUUUAACUAAGCUGCUGUUAGAUUUUUCAUUCAGAGUUCAAAACCUGAAGAAUAUUUUUAAAAUUUUUUUCUCCUGAAAGAUAGUAAAAUUUAUCAUGACUUAUUAUUUCAUCAGCAUUUAAAUUUAAAUUUAAAAAAGUCAUACUUUCUUUUUUUUACUUAAAUUUUGGUAAGCUUAAGGAUUUAAUAGUUAUCACUAAUUUGGGAAAUAAUCACAAUUUCAUGAUGUACAAAAAGAAUGUUUUCUACCAACGUAGUAAACCAUUUUAGAUAAGUAAUUAAAACAUGAGGAUUUUGUGCUUGAAAUGAAAAAUUGUGUGAUGAUAGUUGUUUUGAAUGGGCAGGAUUUUAAAAAAUUCCAGGACUAUUCCAACCUGCAUCUUUUUCAAUAUUGAAGUCCAUAUUUUGUACAAAAUAUGAUAGUAUCUAACAAAUAAAGCAUAGCAAUUUUUCUAAAUGCAUUACUAAUGAAUGCAUCUUGUUAAUAAUAAAUAAAUAAAUAUAUGAUAUAUUAAUUGCUUUCUCUUUUUACGUUCUGGUUUAUACAAAUUCGAGGCGUGUAAGCUGAAACAUAAUCAUUAAUAUCUGAACAGCAAUAUAUAAACUAUAUUAAGCGAGUUCCUACAUGCCAAGUAUUGUAGUAUAAACAUACAAUUAUUUUAAAAACUUUGUUUACAUAAAUUAUAAUGCCUGUAUAUAAUUAUGUCUGUUUUGUUAAUAUUUUCUGCUGUAAAUAAAUGACUUGCAAAAACGUGUAUAUACUUGAUACAUAUGUAAUAUAUUUUAGAUUAAUUUAUAGAAAAUACUUUGUGAUUUUGCCCAUUUAUUGUAAUUUAUUUUCUUCAAUUGAAAAUUUGCAUUCAAGAUUUUUCAUGUAAUGACAAAGUAUUUAAGGAAUAUUAUGAUGUGAUUUCUUAAUUAUUAUUUAACUAUAUUUAAAAAUAUAUCUUUGUUAUUUUAUAGCAUUAAUUUUAUUGACAGUGCUUUGACAAAAUUUUAAAUUAUGAGUUCUGAAAAGUGUUUGGAAACAGUAGUUAUCUUUGAUUAAAUCAGCUUCCAAGAUAUGACUAAUCAAUUGUUAAUUUCUCUUUAUGUUACCAAAAAAAAAAGUGUAAUCUCAAAAUAUAAACUAUAUUAAUACUUUAUAACACUGAUGUGUUGUUUAAGCAGCAUUCUGUGCAAACUUUGUAGCAUUUUAAAGGAAAAAAUGCUAAUUUGUUAGAGUAAUUUCUUUUGAAACAACCCUGGUGGCAGAAUUAUUUUUUCAGCAGUUUGCGACGCAAAUGAAAAAUUACUCUGCAAGAUAACUCACAUUGGAAAAGUUAUGAAAUCUAAAUCAGUUCUGAUAAAUGCUUAAAAGUAAGACGCUAACACAAGUACAUGUUACUUCUAGAAUAUAUCCCUGAAAAUCUGGUACAAAUCAAAAUCUUCAUUACCUGAAAUGCCCAUUUUCUUUAAAAACUUUAGUAUUUUUCCCUCACUCAACUAUGAAAUAGUUUGCAGAUUUUUCCGGAGAAUCUGCAAUGAAUGUCGCAGGCUCACGCUGUUUCUGCUACCGAAAAAACAACUAUUUUACUUAUACUCAUUUUUUAUGAAAUGUACAAAAUUAUUUUCACACUACUGCAACAUUAAGUGUGCAUGCAUACCUUAUCAGUUAUUUGCUUUAUGCAAGUCAAUGUUGUGAUUAUAUUUCCUUACUUAUUUGCUUGGAUUAUCCUGACAAUGAUUUACUAUUUUUUGAGAUUAGCUGAGAUAGAUUAGCUAAAUGUACUUGUCGUAUUUGCAAAAAAAGGAAAAAAUGCUUUCCGUUUGAAAGGGAGUUGUGCCAUUUCUUUGUGUUAUGUGUUUUUAAAUGUUUUGGCCCAUGCAAACUAUUUUUGUGUUUAGCCUUAUACACAAAAGAGACUUCGAUCUUUUAUCUGUUUUCUAAACGUAAUCACCUCCAAUGUUUGAAGUUGAUUAGUGCUUCGAGUCUUUCAUUUAUGUAUUUGAUAUCCUUGAGCUUUAGUAAGAUUUUAAAUAAGUAAAAUAAGUAAUUGUGUACAUAUUGAGCUGUUGAGAAUUUGCUCAGAAUUUUAAAUAUUUCAUCGUUGCAAUUCACUUACUGCUUUUUUUUUAAUGGCAGAAAUACAAUGUAAUAUAAAUGAUGCAAAUAUUUAAAUUGUAUAUAUAUUUUUCCUAUUCUUAAAGAAAUGUAAGCAUAAAUUUUAUUUCUUUUUUGUAUUAGUUGUUAGAAGUAUGGUUUUUGAUUGGAAGAGGGUCACAAAUUUUUGUAAAAGUAGUAUAAAAACAAUGCUUUCUUGCUUUUCGUACUAAUAUGCUUUUAAUGUGUUUUCCCGCUUUUUUUUUUCAUGGUCUUUUUUCUAUAGUCUGCUGCAUUAGAUAUAUAGAUUUUCCCUUUUUUAGGGGGAGGGUUUUUUUUUUUUUUUUUUGGUUGAAGGAUUGAACCUUUUGUAUUUUUAAAAUUUACAAACUAAGUAACUGAUACUAUUUUCUAUAUUUUAUCCCUUCACUUUGUGAUUACUAGUUUCAUCAAUUCAAUAAAAUAGGGAGAGCUUUUUUUCUCAUUACUAUUAUUUUGUUUUAUGCUAUAUUGCAAGCUUUGAACUAUAGUUUUAUGAAAUGUAUUUUAUCAUUUUAAAAAUUAAUUUUGCACUAUUUAAAAUAAGUUAACAAAAUGCAGUGUUUAUACUGCUUAGCUAUGCUGUGUGAAGUUGUAAAGUGCCUAUUAAGAAUAACAAAUUCAAGCAAAUUUGCCAUUGAACAAUUUUUAUCCUUAGAGUUAUUUUUUUCGGUUGUAGAAUUUUAUUUUAUAAAAAAAUAUACACACAUACAUAUUUAUUCCCAGUUAAAAACUUUAAUUCAUGUAACAACUAUGUCAGCAAGCUAUUUGUAAAUGUUGUGGUAUGCUUGAAUAACUAGGAGUAGAGCUAGACUAUUGAAGACAAACAAUGAAAUUAAAAAAAAUAUAUUUUAAGUUUCUACUCUUAAAGAAUAUUUUUCUUUAACAUGUUUAAUUAUUGUAAUUAACAAAUCUAAUAAAAUGUUUGUAUUUCUUUUAAUAUAUAUAUGUAGUUAUCAAUUUGUACAUUUUUUCAAAAUAAAUAUUGUAAAGCAUAACAUAUCAUAUAAUAAUGUUUCAGUUGUGUGCAAAUUUUGAAAUAUUUAUAUUUAUGCUUUCCACAAGCUAUGAUUAAUCAAAUGUUAUGUAUAUAAACAUCUCCGAACAUUUGUUAGAAUUAAA